AUUUCACCCUUGAACAUAGUGCCAUAUUUUGGGUGACAACAUUUUCAAGUUAAGAUUAGACAUUUUAAAGAUUAGGCUAGUCUCAACAAAUGGAAACAUUUAAUAUGAAAUUGAAAGCGAUUUAUAAAUACACAGCUGAAAGAAGUGAAGAAAUGAAUAUAGAACCUAAUCAAAACUUAAAGUUAUUAUACAGAGAAAAUUCAUGGCUGAAAGUGGAAAAUAAUUUAGGGGAAUCCGGUUUUGUUCCUCUCAACUACGUAGAAUUUCAGAAAACAAAAGUUAAAGCAAAGUUCAGGUUCAUCGCAAGAGAUAUCAGCGAAUUAACGAUAUCACCAAAUGAAAUCCUGUUAGUAAUAAAUCAAGAAGGUGAAGAAUGGUUAAGAGUUGAAAAUCAAAAUAAUGAGAAGGGUAUGGUCCCAGUUCGCUACGUAGAAGAAAUUCCAUCUUGGGAUUAUUAUAGAGAAACUGCUGUCGGUGAAUUUGCUGGAAGAGAUUGGUAUUACGGAAGUCUUUCCCGUGAACAAGCUAUUGCUUGCUUGGGAGAAGGAGACGUUGGUGAUUUUUUGAUAAGAGAUAGAGGUCAAGAUGGUUAUUCAAUAUCAAUACUAAGCUCCAGUAGGAAGGUUAUACAUUUAAAAAUUUAUCGAGGUCCCCUCGGACGUGUGACAAUUGGUGAUGAGAGACAGGAAACUUUUGAAUCAAUUCACAAUUUGAUAAGCAAUUUUGCUGUUGAUUAUAUCCACGAAGAUAGAAAAACGAAGGAAAAAACUUUUCUAGUAAAAGCUUUCGGAGCUAAAAACUAAUGGCAUAAGCUUGAAACAAAAAGUUUACUUGCUUUUUAAAAAUAUAGAUUACAAACUAAUCGUUAAAUGAUAGAAAAUUGAGUGUGUUUAAUGUUCUUUAAUAAAAUAUAGCCUAGAGUACAAAAAGUAAUAAAUAAUAUUUUCAGGCAUCCAUUUCUUGCUCAACUAUUGUUCAUUUUAAGAAGACAAACUAAUAUACUAUAUAAAAUGCAGAUGGCGCUAAGCAUUCACAAUGAAUCUAAUAUUACAGUAUGUAAUUUGAAGAAAGUAUCUGUAGAAUAUUCCUAAAGUAAAAAUAUUUUCUCCUUAAUAAACUACAUUUAUUAAAAAACUUUUAAAAGCUGAGCGAUAUAAGAAUAUUUCUUGGUUCCUCCGCCAACAACCAUAUUACGAUUUUAUAACGAUAAUAUGCAGUAGUACUGUUUUUCCAGGGAAAUCUGUAGAGCUCAACCAGCACAAAUGACAUUGUACGAACUUUGCUUACAGAUAGAUUAGCAAAUCCAUUAUAGUUACAAUAGGCUAAAUUGUGUAAAGUCUUUUGUUUUUCAUUACAGAGCCAAUUUGUUUAUAUCUUUCAUGAGUUUAUAUCCUCAAUUGUGUGUAAUUAUUUAACAAUCUCUGAUUCCUUUUAGCGAUUUGUUUUUGGGAGAAUUCCCUUUAAAGAGCUAUUUAAUAUAAAAAUGCUGUAGUACGAGUGAAAUGAUUAACUGGAUGCAUGUAAACAGUAAUAUGUAU